AUGACCAAGGACGAGAGCAAUGGUGACAAUCCUGACGAUGGUGAUGCGGCAAAGGAGAAUAUAACGGUGGGAAGGCUUGCUCUUCAAGUGGUCGAGUCCGAAGCUGACUUCUCUUAUAUCUCUAGCAAAGAACUUCGUCUGGAGGCUGAAUUACGUCCUCUUGUCCCCGAGUUACAAGUUUCCUCUGACUCAGCAUCGAUUCUGUCUAUACAAAUCACUUUUUUCCCAAACCAAGGCUUUUCCAUUGGAACCAUAGUUCACCAUGUCGUCAUGGACGGCAAAACAGCGUCCAAGUUUUACAAAGCUUGGGCUCAUAUAUGUAAACACGGGAACAUACCACAAGAUUUUGAUCUACCUAUGGUUUUAGAUCGUACGGUCAUCAAUGUUCCGGCCGGACUCGAACCAAAACUCUUUCAACUCUUGCCAUAUCUCUCAAAGGAGAAAGUCAAUGCAAGAAAUUUAAUGCUGCCUCCCGCUAAAGAGAACAUCAACGUGGUUCGGGUCACGCUCGAGUUGAGUGAAGCGAACAUCAAGAAACUUAAAGAACAAGCCAAGAACGAGUCAACUUGGUCCGAUCUUCUUCUAUCAACGUUUGUAGUCACGUACGAAAAAUCAUCUGGCCAGUCCCUUUUUUGCAAAGAGGAAGCCAAAAAAUCCUUGUAA